AUGGAAAUUAAUAACCAAAGUGCUAUUUCUAAAACUAAAUUCAGGUUAUUGGGUUUGUCCAGUACACCUGAACAUCAGAUGUUCAUCUUUUGGAUAUUUGCUGUCAUCUAUGCAUCAGCUUUGGCUGGCAACUUUCUCCUGAUUCUUGCCAUUGGCAUUUGUAGCAAACUCCACACACCUAUGUACUUCCUUUUGGUCAACCUCUCUGUGGUCAAUGUGUGCUCUAUCUCAGUGACCGUUCCCAAAAUGCUUCAGAACAUUCUGGACCAGAAAAGGACCAUCUCAUUCUUAGGCUGCAUUGUUCAAGUGUUUCUUUUCGUCUGGGCUCUGGGGACAGAGAUUCUCUUGCUUUCAUUUAUGGCUUUUGAUCGGUAUGCUGCUAUUUGCCAGCCAUUGCAUUACACGGUCAUUAUGAAGAAAGAGGUGUGUGUUGGAAUAGCCACUGGAGCAUGGGUUAUAGGAAUGGCCAACUCUGCAGUUCAUGCUGGCCUUUUGCUGAGGUUGUCCUUCUGUGAGUCUGAAGAUAUCAACCAUUUUUUCUGUGACCUGCCUCCACUAUGGAAGCUCUCUUGUUCUGACAUCAGCCUUAAUGAAAUAAUGGCUUUUGCAGCUGACGUGACCUUUACAAUGAGUAGCUGUACUCUGACCUUAAUAUCUUAUCUACUUAUUUUGAGAACUAUCAUCAAGAUCCAAUCAGUCAAAGGGAAGAAGAAAGCAUUCUCUACUUGUUCCUCCCAUCUCCUAGUAGUAAGCUUUUAUUUUUCUACCAUUAUCUACACAUAUGCUAAGCCGUCCACUCCCAAUGAUGAAGAAGAAUACAAGAACAUUGCUAUAAUUUACUCUGUGGUGACCCCAGUGCUUAAUCCAAUUAUAUAUUCCCUUAGAAAUAAAGAGGUUAAAGAGACUCUAACAAAAUUAUUAUGGAGAAAGAAAACCUUCCAACAAAAAUGA